ACAGCCUACACAGGAGUGAGACCGAACAACACGCGCGUGCCGACGCUGCAGGAGAGGCUGAAGGACGUCCUGCUGCAAUUUAGGGGCCAUUGAAGGGCACAGAUUUCACCGAACGAUGCCUGUGUGGGGGUGGUUUUCCAAGCCCGAUGCAGAACCUGUUGCUGUCGGGAAGUCGCAGUAGCACAGACGCAUCGCGCCGGGUGUGUGUGACAGAGCUGGAGGUGGGCGGUAUGUCUGCUGGUGAGAACGGCUGCAACUCAAACGCAGGGACAAAUGAUGAAGGAAUUACUCACCUCGAGGUAACGCAGCAGAGCCUCCCGGCACUGAACAGCGACAGUUGGAGCUGUGAGGGGUUUGGUGAGGGCGGCUGUACCUCCGCACCCAGCGCUUCUUGGGGGGAGUUUGAGGGCUUCAGGGAACCCUUGGGCAGAUGGCAGAGAUCCCAUCCCAGUGCUGAUGUUUUGCUGAAGUCAAAAAAUGCUUCUGGUGAUGGCACAGAUGUGAGCAGAGGACACCGCAGUGCUGCUGCCGGUCACUUCUGUUCUGAGCCAUCUCUACACAGUGCGACACAGGAGGCUUCCAGCUCUCUGAAUGAGGCAGACCACUGCUAUGAGGGUAUAUUUAAGUUGGGCUUUCCAGAAGUCUUUGUAUUGCAGUCCAGUGAGAGCAUAAGGAGCCUGGAUCAAGUACUUGGUGUGAAUAAUGAAGAUGCUGGGAUUUCCAAACUUAGGAAUAAUCAACUUUGCAUUGAUUCUGGAAACAUAUGGAGAACCCUUAGAGACUUGGAUAAUACCCCCAGAUUAAGACAUCCCUGGAGUAAAUCUCAUUGCCAAGCAAGCCUGCUGAGUGUUCUUGGAAUAGAUGCAAAUCGAACGGCCUUUCUGGAGAGCCAGGAUGACAUUACUGAGGAGUCAAAUGCUAAAGAUAAUGAGGACUUCAGAUUUGAUGGAUUCAGUAUUAAUAACUGCAAAGCACUGAUCCAGACCAAGCUCCCUGUAUUGCCAGAUUCCAGGCAGGAUCAGCUUUUCACCUGUAACCUCUUUUUGAAAACCACGUCAUCAAAUGGGAACGUGCAAUACAGAACAAUCCCAAGGAAGAAGCACAUUUUCAGUACACCCAACCUGAACAUGAAAUUUUUCAACAGCGAUGUUUGUUGAACCAAAUGCACUUUUUGUUGUCCUUCUUUUUGAACUGAAUGCGUUUUCUUACUGGCUUAGUGCUGGUGACUGCAGACGUUCAUUAGGAAAGUGACUAUUACUGUACAGGAGGUACCUAAAGCCACGUUAUUAGAAGGAAUUUAUCCCAUCUAGUUGUGAAGUCAAAGGGUGUAAUUUUGUCCUGCGAGGUUUUGCUGCUGAUUCAUCUUUCUUAGAGUAAAUCCAGCUGCAAUCACACUUUAAAGACCCUCUGAUGUGCUGCUCUUUGGAAUUACUGACCUUUCAGGCCUUAAAGCCUCUGAUGAAAAACCUGGUUUCCCUGCCAAAACCUGAACACACCUCAAGACGCCAUCUCUUUUAUUUGCUCCAAUCUGAAUCGGCUGAGAUCUGCUGCUUUGCCACUGCUUAGCAUGAUGAAAGAUGAAAUGAGCCUUCUGCAACCCGUGGCUUUCGUUGGGUUUAAGAAGGUAGAGCUUUCUGUGUGGUAAGACAGGUAGAGUCAAUGGCGCGAUCGGAUUCAAAAUGUUUUGUCCUGGCAUUGGUUUCUAACUGAAAUAAAUUGCAUCUCUGAA